AUGUCUGCCAAUCUCGACAAGUCUCUCGACGAUCUCGUCGGCAACCGUCGCCAGAACGCUCGCCGCCGCGGUGCUGGUCGCCGUGGUGCCGCAAAGGCUUCGGUCGGGGGAGUCCACAAGGCUUCCAAGGCCACCAAGGCUGCGGCCAAGGUCGUCCACCCCACCCCCGUCGCCCCGACUGCUUCCAGCAAGAUCAUCGUGAGCGGACUGCCUUCCGAUGUGUCUGAGGGCAAUAUCAAGGAAUACUUUGCCAAAUCCGCAGGUCCCGUCAAGAGGGUGAUGCUCACCUACAACCAGAACGGCACCAGCCGUGGCAUUGCUUCGAUCAUCUUCAACAAGGCCGACACUGCUCUGAAGGCUGCCAAGGAGCUCAAUGGACUCCACGUCGACGGCCGCCCCAUGAAGAUCGAAGUCGUCUUCGACGCCUCCCACGCCCCGCCCGUUCCUGCCCCUAAGCCUCUGGCUGAACGUGUUGUUCAGAAGUCCCAGCCCAAGCCUGCGACCGCUCCUAAGCCCGCCAGUAACAAAGCCAAGGGUCGCGGCGGCCGUGGUGCUGCUCGUGGUGGCCGUGGCCGCCUCCCGGGCCGUGGUAAGCCCAAGACCGUUGAGGAGCUCGAUGCCGAGAUGGUCGACUACUUCAGCAACGAGAAUGCCCCCGCCGCCGGUGCUGCCCCUGCCAGCGGCGCUGCUCCUCAGGCCGCCAACGGUGAGGACACCGGCAUGGCUGAGAUCUCUUAA